GUAUAAUUCAGUGUAGUAUAGCUGUGAUUAUAUAAACAGUCACCACCAAUUAAUUAAACAAUCGAUCAAUAAUCAAUUAAGGGAUCCAAAAAUAGUCUAUUUUGAAAAGAUACUUGAAAAACCAAGGCAUAAAUUAAGUAAAGCAACAUAUAAUGUGACCAAAUGAUUAAAUUAAGAUAAAAUAUUUUUUUUUUUGUAUAGUGGGCAAACUUUGAAUACUGACGUUCCAAAAUAGUUUUAUUUUAUAUUAUUUUCAGUAAAAUCCCGAUGAAGAUCGAAUUUUCUGGGUACUUUUGAAAGACAGCGAGCUUGGAAAGUGGACGCGACUGCGCAGGCGCGAGCUUUACAGCCAAUCAGAAGAGGACAUUUAAAUAAAUAAAUAAAUAAAAAUAUCUCGAACCAAAAGUGAAGCUGAGCGGCGGAGGGGUGUGCUCCGUGGUGGAUUCCUGUCUGUCCCAGCCCGAAAACAACCUUUGUUCUGUUAUAUUUGAAAGUCAGGGAUAUCGUUUUUUUGUUUGUUUGUUUGCACAGAGAUGUAGAAGUUUGUCGUAGAAAUUUGCAUAUAUUUGUGAUAAUUUUGUCUUCAACCUUUCAAGAAAAUGAGGAUCACAGAACUACUCUUUUACUCAUUUAUUUAUUUCCUGUUGUUGAGCCAGUUAUCAAAGACUGCUCCGUUUCCUCCUCUAGAUGCCAUCAUUGUCCAGAUCCAGCACUCGGGAGUGGUUGGAGGCAGUUAUGUUGCUAAGCAGGUUCUUUUCAAUGGUUUGCCUCUGAGCAACACGAGUCGGGAGGUCAGCCACAUCCUCCAAAGCUUAUCAACUAAAGAACUUUUUCCUUUUAAUCGUAGCAUCAGUCAGAUUCCAGCUUUAAAGGAUCACACCAUCGUCUGCCAUCAAGAGUGCGUUCUAGAGAGUCAUCGGCUCCAGUGGAGUGAGCACGUCUUUUAUGAUGGUGAAGUCUAUCUUCGCCUGGAGCCCAACGGCACGUGGACGGCUCUCGUGCCACAAGCGGUGCUCCUCAAGGGGCUUUUGGAGCAGACGGGACGACACGGGGGGUCCGAGAGGACCCGGCUGCAGAACGGUUGCAUGCAGCUCAUGAAAGAACUGAGACUUCCUGACAAACCGUCAGGUAUUUCCUCUCCUGUUUCCAAAAGUGCUUCCUUUUUGUUUGAAUUGCUCAUUUUUGUUCCUUUUUCUUUAGGUUCAGGAAUUGUUUCUACUCGAAUUCUUAUUCCAGUUUUGGGUGUUGUGGCUUUCGCUGGACUGAUUACAGUGAGCAUUCUCGUUUCCAAAAAUCGAGGUAAGUUGUGUUUUUUGUUUUUUUUGUUUUUGAAUUUACUUUUAUGGUUCAUAAAUGGUACUUCUCAAAGCAGGAAAGUCCCAUUUUUACAGCAGUUUAGAGUUUGCUAUUCAGCAUUUAUUGUUUUUUUGCAGCCCGCUUCAUCACAUGAUUAUCUGAACCGGGUCUUUACUACAAGAAAAUGUAAAGCAGCAUCAUGUGUUUGUCUUUAUCUUCUCUCUGUUUAGGUUGGACACACCCUGGAGGUGUUAUUGGGUCCCUUAUUCAUUAUCCUGGGAACCUGAAUGACUUGGGUCCAGACACAAAAGACAGCGGUUACAGAACUCUGUGACUUUAGGACAUCACAAAGGUCAGAGGUCAUCAACCUCUGCUGCAGCUUCCUGCUGCAUUUCAGAAUAAAAUAUGAGGAUUUAUUGUAGUAAUUAUUUUCCUAAUUCAAAAACAAAGAGGAUGAUAUAAAAUCGAAAUAAUGCGUGAUUAAAAAUAUGUUUUCCCUCUUUAUAGACAUCAGAACUGCCAAUAAGUGACAGCUGUCUGAGAUUUCUAUCAUUUUUUAACCCGAGGACAGUUAACUUGGAAAAUUCUUAGUAAAGUCGUAUGUUAAGACAGCAGAAUAGUCAAUGCUUUGUGGGCAGAUUGCUUACUAGAAAACAACUAAAUGCUCCAAAACCUUUCCAGAUUAAUCCCUCAGCUUUUGCUCAAAGAUGUCUGGAUAGAGAUGAGAGAACUGAAGCAGAAAGAUGAUGUGAGGACUCCGGGUUACAUCAGGCGUCAAGUGCCAGUAAAGGAAAAACAAAACACAGAAUAUCGUGAUAUUUUUUAAAGUUUACUGAUGGUGGAUCCUGUCUGCUUUUUUCAUCCGUUCAGGAAAAUCUAAAAUGUUGACAUUAAUCUUUUUUUUUUUUUUGGAGUCAAAAUGUUGCAGUUCUAUGGAGC